CAACUUUUUCCUUGGACCUACGGAUACGAUGCGUUUUUGCACAAAUUGCUCUUGCAUUCUGCUUCUCCUCUCACCUCUCUUCGUCUCUCUGGGUGAGUUUACAAAGUUACGGUGCGUGCAUAGCGCAAGAGCGAGAGCAUCAUGAUGAUAUCAGGAGGAAGAGGAGGGAAAUCUGCGCCAUCGGCCUCAUCAUCCCCAUCUGUUUCUUCAACGACAACAUCGUGGGCAGUCUCCGCCUCUGGGAAGAGGAUCCAGAGAGAAAUGGCAGAGCUCAACUUGGACCCACCUCCCGACUGCUCCGCUGGUCCCAAGGGUGACAAUCUCUACCAUUGGGUCGCCACCAUCCUCGGUCCCCAAGGAACACCAUAUGAAGGCGGUAUAUACUUCCUAGACAUAACAUUUCCAAGUGAUUAUCCAUUCAAACCUCCGAAGGUAGUUUUCAAAACACGAAUCUUCCACUGCAAUGUUGAUACUGCUGGUGUUUUGAGUUUAGACAUUUUAAAGGAUAGUUGGAGUCCAGCUCUAACAAUCACCAAGGUGCUUCUUGCAAUCAGAGCGAUUUUCACAAAUCCUGACCCAUCAGAUAAUCCGAUAAUCCCUGGCAUUGCCCGAUUGUACUUGGCAGAUAGAGCCAAACAUGAUGAAUUAGCUGCAGAGUGGACAAGGAGAUUUGCCAAGUGACUCUUGUGAAUCUGAUGCAAGUGCCGUUUCAAUUGCAGAUAUUCCUUGAACAUCUUAAUUCAUGGAUUGGUAUAACGUCCGUGUAAAGUAGUGGGAAAGAUUACUUGCAAAGUUUACACAGCAUCCUGCUAAUUAGUCUAAGGUUCUGACCAUCCCGGAAUAUAUGAUAAUGGCUGAAAGAGAUAUAAUGGCAUGCAACACGGACUAUGAGAAAUCCUUUCAA